AUGGACAUCCAAAAAGCAACAAACAUCAAGCCCGAAUUCCACCACGUAUCUCGAGAAAAACGAAGCCAAAUACUCGGAAAAUCGGCCGAAAAAAAAUUUCGAGGUUGCACGAUAUGGUUCACAGGACUAUCGGGAGCCGGAAAAACCAGCAUCUCCUUCUCACUGGAAGAACGCCUGGUAACCAGCGGAGUUCCCUCUUACAGCUUGGACGGCGACAACAUCAGGCACGGGCUCAACAAAAACCUGGGAUUCUCGGAGGAAGAGAGGCAGGAGAAUAUCAGGCGGGUCGCUGAAGUGGCCAGACUGUUUGCUGAUGCAGGUCACGUUUGCUUGUGCAGUUUCAUAUCGCCCCAAACGGUCGAUCGAAACAUGGCGAGAGCCAUUCACCAGAAGAGCGGCCUUCCGUUCUUCGAGGUGUUCGUGGACACCCCGUUGGAAAUAUGCGAGCAAAGGGACGUCAAAGGGCUCUACAAGAAGGCCAGAGAAGGGAAGAUCAAGGGAUUUACAGGGAUCGAUCAGGCUUACGAGAAACCUGAGCAUCCGGAAUUGGUAUUAAAAACGACCGAUUCUUCGGUAGAGGAAUCGGUGAAUAUGGUGAUGGAAAUGUUACAAGAAAACGUAAGAUGA